AUGGAGGGGGACUGCGGCGCGCAGCAGGUGCGGAUGCGUCGAGGAGGGGUGCCGCUGCGGGGGGCCCCGUCGCGCUUUGGGUGCCUCUGGGCGGGUGUCCAGGCGUGGACCGAGGAGGUGAACCGGGCGAACAAAGCGGCGCUGUGGGCGUGGGUGCGGGAGACUGGCGUCCGGCUGGUGCAGGUCAACGGGCAGAGGAAGUUCGGCGGCCCUCCGCCAGGCUGGGCUGGUGGAACACCCCCUUCGGGGGCCGAGGUAUUUAUUGGCAAAAUACCUCAAGAAGUCUAUGAAGAUAAAUUAAUUCCUGUCUUCCAAAGAGUGGGGAAGCUCUAUGAGUUCCGCCUCAUGAUGACCUUCAGCGGGCUCAACCGUGGCUUUGCCUACGCCAAAUACUCCAACCGGCGCAGUGCUCAGGAGGCCAUAGGUGCCCUCAACGGCUUUGAAAUCCAGCCCGGCCACCCCAUCGUGGUCUGCAGAAGCACCGAGAAGUGUGAGCUCUCCAUCGACGGGCUGGCCCUGUCUGUGCAGCAGCGCCAGCUCCAGCAGCUGCUCAGCGAACUCACUGUGGGAGUGGCCAGCAUCUCCUUGCACCCGAGCCCUUUCCAGAAAGGAAAGCAGUUUGCAGGGGUGAAGUACAUCUCCCACCGGGCUGCUGCAAUGGCGAAGAAGGUGCUGGUGGAAGGGAGUCUGAGCCUCUGUGGAAACGAAAUCGAGGUGGAUUGGCUGAAACCAAACAGGAAGCACGAACUCCACAGCUCUGUGCAAGCCCUCUCGGAGAUCCUGCCAUCCAAUUGCUCUGCCGACGAUGCUCCCGGCCAAGAAGCUUCUCGGCCUCUGGAUCCUCAUGUCCCACUAGCUGCAGGCAAUGCCCUCGACUACCUAAAUCUCCAGUGUGAGGAGCGGAAGCUGGGCCCCCCUGUGUUCCUCACCAAAUGCAUGCAGAGGAACCCUGGUGGCUGGCUGCAGUACUGGUAUCAGGUGGUGAUUCCAAACUUUCCAUCACCGUUUAGUGGAUUAAUCUGGAUCAAGCAAGAUCAUUCAGUCGUAGAAGACCAUGAGAAGGCAAAAAACGCGGUCGCACUGCAACUCCUCAAAGUCCUGGGGUGCCCAGUGGUGUGAGAAGGUUCUUGAAGAAGAAUGCGCUGCCUGCCGUGCUUACGUGGAUGACUCCUCUUGACAGUUGCCUGCCUGGUGCCUCUUCUUCUCUAAGUUGGCUGUACAGGGCAAACCCAGUUGGAGAGUGAAUGCCUGGCCUAUCCCAUCCUUCCUUUUCCCUUGGGGCGUGUCUUGUUCAGGGGUCCCUUUUUGUUCUGUUUGCCUAGCAACUAAUGUAAAAGUUUCAGUAGUUAAUUGUUUUGACUUCUUUGAGUAGCCUGUUUUGGGGAAGGGUGCAUGUUUUGUACACUAACCGUGAAGCGAGUUUGAUCAUGUGUCUGCACUGGGUGUCUUUCUUAAAAGCAUGACAGUUCUGUGUAAGGCUAUGUACGCAUUGUGUGAGAGUCCAGUUAUGACUUCAAAAUAUUAGGACCAAACUAUAUCAAACCUGGAGCUCCCAAGUUUUUUAUUGUUACUUAAUUACUUUCCUGCUCUGAAACAGCACCUGUGGGGAGAGGAAACUUAACCCCUUCCCCUCCCACCAACCCAGACAGGGCAGCUAUUUAAAGGCGAUCCCAUUCAUAGCGUUCACAGAGUCAUGUCUGAUUUGCCGUCCAGCUCUUGAAAUGGAGAGGGCUGGUUUUUCUUUUUCCUUGCUUUGGAUGUUAAAUGUUGAUUGUAUUUUGAAAUAUUUUUGUUGUAUGGCAAAGUUAAGUUUUUUUUUCCUUUAGCCAGCUCCCAACUGGGUAGAGAGUUUGUACCAGUCCUGUGUCCCAGAGAGUGACAGCAGCAAGAUGUGUGAGGUUCUCCGUGGCUUCCCGCCCAGGCAGCCAUUAUGGGAGGAAAUGCAUUUGCUUGGACCGCACUUUUUUCUUUCAGAAGCUUUGCCUGGAAGCUGGGAGCUGUGCGUAGUCCAGUUUACGCUGCUCCAGGAUACUUGUUGCAGCAGAGCUGUAGCUAGCAGAUGCCUUUUUAAACUCAGGAAAUACUCAGUAUGGAGACUGCAGGGAAAGGGUAUCCCUGUGCCUUAACUUUUUAAAAAGUUUUGUAAAGUGCUGAAAAUAAUGAAUAUAUAAC